AUGACCAAGUUGCGAAAGCAAGCUCCCUUACUCGAGCCACCUGCAUCAAUCGCAGACCUGCUUUGUGGUAGCAGUAGCUGCUCUUUUGGUGGUCAGGAUGCCCAAUCCAACCAUGGCAACGUUCCCUUGGUGACUAAUGGCAUCACUUUCAAUCGUGGUCUCUGUCUACCUUCGACCGGCCUAAGUCUAGGCCUGGCUGCCUUCGCACCGGCGAGCCAUCCAGCUGUACGCUCUGCAGUCGCCGCUUGUCUUCGUCAGUUGGCUACCAGUUUGCCAGCUCAUCGAGUUGGGCUGAUCAUGUCCUGUUGCCAAGCCAGCAGAGCCCUGGCUCAGCGUAGCCACGCCGAAGGCUUGCUUGGCCAGGCGGCCUGUUUGGCCGGUCUCCUGGCUGCCGAUGCCCUAGCUACCAUGGCAUCACGUGUCGGAGCGUCUGCAGCAGCCACUUCGGGUCCUGGAGGUGAUGAGAGCGGUGUUGGUGGUGCGGCUGUUGCCCCUGUUGGAUCAUUUACAGCAAAUAACUGUCACUUUACUGGUCUCUCGGCCGGUGUAGGAGCGCCCCUGUUCGCCGGCCUAACUACUCCCGAAGGCGAGGGUACCGGGACUUUUCAGGCUGGAACAAGAUGCAGUGCCGGUGCCAGUGGUCUUCAUGGUAGAGAGACGAUUUUUGGAGCGGUUGAUACAGCACCAACUAAACCCUCUUUUGUACCAACUGCAGCUGCACUAGGCCUACCGGCAGCCUCAAGCAAAAUGGUAGGCUAG